AUCUCCCAAAAUUGUCUCAAUAAUUCAUAAUUCUUUAAAACUCCAAGAAAAUAUAAUUUACAAAACACAUUGUGAAGUUUUAGUGAAACGAAUUAAUUUCAAUAAUCGAUUAAAUGAUAGAAAUUACAUUAAACGACAAUUAAACGAAUGUGGCCUCUGUGUAACGGUAAAAAAGUAGAGCACACAGGUCUGGAAAGCAAAAAUAAUACAAAAAAGAAAUAAUUUUUUGUUGUUGAAAAACUCUUCCAAUACAUGAAAACAUUUGUGGAAAAAGGAAAAGAAAAACGUGAAAGAAACAAUAAUUUACAAAAUUACGAUAUAAAUUUCUAAUGUUUUAUUAGAAGCUAACAAUUCCGUCGACAAUUAACAUAAUUUGUAUAAAGUUUUAUGUAACCACUGAACUGUCUCACUUAUGAACAUAAAUUGCCAUCGGACCAAAGAAAUGUUCCUUUCUAUUUCGGCGACUGGAUGGACAAAUCAGAGCAUUUCAAAGUUGCGAAAGAAAACUAAAACAAUGGCAGCCGCAGAGAGUUCUAUUCGUUUUAGCGAUCAUACCAUAGACAAAGCCACAAAAGCUAAAGUUACGUUAGAAAAUUACUACAGCAAUCUCAAAACACAGCACUGUGAACGUGUACAACGCUUGGCCAAAUUAGAAGCAUCACUCAUUCAUGACGAUUCAUUAUCCACAUCACAGAAGCAGGAAAAACGUUUGCAACAUGCACAAAAAGAAACGGAAUUUUUGCGAUUGAAGCGGUCACGAUUGGGCGUCGAGGACUUUGAAGCGCUCAAAGUGAUUGGCCGGGGCGCUUUCGGCGAGGUGAGAUUGGUACAGAAAAAAGAUACGGGACACGUGUAUGCAAUGAAAGUGCUGCGUAAAGCAGACAUGUUAGAAAAGGAACAGGUGGCGCAUGUUCGAGCUGAACGUGAUAUAUUAGUGGAAGCCGAUCAUCAGUGGGUUGUGAAAAUGUACUACAGUUUUCAAGAUCCAGUCAAUUUAUAUUUGAUAAUGGAAUUCCUGCCGGGUGGUGAUAUGAUGACGUUGCUUAUGAAAAAGGAUACGCUUUCGGAAGAAUUUACACAGUUUUACAUCGGCGAAACGGCACUAGCCAUCGAUUCGAUACACAAAUUGGGAUUCAUUCAUCGGGAUAUUAAGCCAGAUAAUCUAUUACUAGAUGCCAGGGGCCACCUUAAGUUGUCUGACUUCGGAUUAUGUACUGGAUUAAAGAAAUCUCAUCGAACAGAUUUCUAUCGGGAUCUCUCACAAGCGAAACCUUCAGACUUUAUCGGAACCGGUGCAAGUUCGUUUAUUUUUAGUCCAAUGGAUUCGAAGCGACGAGCUGAAAGUUGGAAGCGAAAUCGACGCGCGCUAGCCUACAGUACUGUCGGAACACCGGAUUAUAUAGCACCUGAAGUGUUCCUUCAAACGGGUUACGGGCCAGCCUGUGAUUGGUGGUCGCUCGGCGUUAUCAUGUACGAAAUGCUAAUGGGCUACCCGCCAUUCUGUUCCGACAAUCCACAAGACACAUACCGCAAAGUAAUGAAUUGGCGUGAGACGCUCAUAUUUCCGCCAGAAACUCCGAUAUCCGAAGAGGCUAGAGAGACCAUCGUUCGGUUCUGUUGCGAAGCGGAACGACGCAUGGGCUCGAGUCGAGGUAUUGAAGAACUGAAAUGUGUUCCAUUCUUCCGCGGUGUCGAUUGGGAACACAUUCGAGAGCGGCCAGCCGCCAUUCCCGUUGAAGUGCAAUCCAUUGAUGAUACAUCAAAUUUCGAUGAUUUCCCGGACGUUACAUUAGAAAUUCCAUCGGCACCCCUUCCACAAGACGGCGAAAUUUUGAAAGAUUGGGUGUUUAUCAAUUACACAUUCAAGCGAUUCGAAGGUCUCACACAAAGAGGUACGCCAACGAAGAAAUGAAUGAAUCUAAUUCCCCACUACACUCGCCCCCAAAUCCAACACAUAACAAUACACUCACCACUAUUAAAGAGAAAAUAAACUUUCGGAAAAUUGCAACUAACUUUGAGAGCAACAAAGAAAAAAAAAUUUAGUAACAAGAAGAAAAUGUGUAAAAAAA